GUUAGAAAGGCUCUGUUUAUUUAAUAAUAAGUUGUGUGUAACUUGCACUUUCAUAUUUCAGUAGUUGAUUACAAAAUAAAACACUUACCUCUAAGAGAAACAAAAGAAAAGAUAGAAAAGGAGAGAAAGAGACGACAGGAGACAACAAAUAGAGAGAAAAAGAAGAAAAAGAAAGGAGAGAGUGUGUGUCUGUCUGAGAGAGAGAGAGAGAGAGAGAGAGAGAGAGAGAGAGAGAGAGAGAGAGAGAGAGAGAGAGAGUGUGGAAGCUAGCUUUCAAAACCACAGAAGAGAAAACGAUGUCUGAAAGCUUUACAUCAUCAUCCUUUCAUACUCUGCUGCAACUCUCACAGUGUUGAAUAUACAUAAAAUAAGUUGAAGAAGACUGAGGAGGUGUGGUGGUUGCUGCAGAGAAAGGAAAAUGAUUUCAACAUGGGAAUAGCAACUCCUUCUUCUUCUUCUUCUUCUUCCAUUAUUCACUUGAAGACAUAUCAUAACCAUAAACAUAACCAAGAAAAGUUGAAAUAUUGUUCAAAUUCUAUGUCCCAAGAUUAUCAGCAAACAAUCUUCGGCUUCUCCUCGAAUGGAUUCGAGAGAUCAUCGUCGCAGCAGCAACAACAACAACAGAUCCAUAGGGAUAAAGUAAGGAUGCUACAAGGGUUUAAUUCAGCACAAUUAAUAGAAGGAGAACAAGAGGAAGAAAGAGGAGGCGUGUAUGAAACAACAGGUAUGUUAUCAGAGAUGUUUAAUUUUGCUGAUCCUUCAACCACAGCUGAAUUGUUAGGAACCGCGAGUUUUCGUAAUUCUUCUUCUUCAAGACAGCAAGAAAAUCAACAACAAACAACAUCGGAAAAUAACAACUGGUAUGGUAAUAGUAGACAAGGGAUGCAGCAGCAGCAUCAGCAGCAGAUGUCAAACAUUAACGCAGCUGCUGCUGAUUCAGCUGCUGCUAUGCAUCUUUUUCUCAUGAACCCUACUCAAACAACAUCAUCAUCUUCCCCUCCUCAUCAAAAUUCUUCAACUCUUCACAUGUUACUACCUAACCCUCCCUCUAAUAAUUCCUUACAAGGUUUUCCAAAUUCCGGUAAUUUUGGACAAUUUACAUCAUGGGGUAGUACUAGUAGUACUACUCAAGAAGGUCAAGGUCAUGGACAAGGUCAAGGUCUUUCAUUAUCACUAUCUUCUUCAUUGCAAGCUGCAAAAGCUGAGGAAGAAUUGAGAAUGGGAGGAGGAGGAGGAGAAAGUGGUAAUUUUAUGUAUAAUAAUUACAUUAAUAUUCAAGGUGGAGGAGGAGGAGGAGGAGGAGGACCAUCUUCAUCAUCAUAUCCUCCGUACAAAUUAAAUCAUCAACAAGCAUUGAAUUUACAAAUGCAAGGAGGAGGAGGAGGGACCAAUAUUGGAGGAUAUCAAUUAUUACAAAGUCAUCAAGGAUUGGGAAGUGUAGUAAAUGUUUUAAGAAAUUCAAAAUAUAUGAAAGCAACUCAAGAAUUGCUUCAAGAAUUUUGUAGUGUUGGGAGAGGCCAUUUUAUUAAGAAGAACAAGUUUAAUUCAAACCCUAAUAAUAAUUCCUCCUCCAAUGUUGCUGGUGGUGAUAACAUUCCUUCAUCUUCAUCAAAAGAUAAUCCUCCUCUUCCUUUGUCAGCUGGUGAUAGGAUUGAGCAUCAAAGAAGGAAGGUCAAACUUCUAGCCAUGCUUGAUGAGGUGGAUAGGAGAUACAAUCACUAUUGUGAACAAAUGCAAAUGGUAGUGAACUCAUUUGAUCUAAUGAUGGGUUUUGGAGCAGCAGUUCCAUACACAUCACUAGCUCAAAAAGCGAUGUCUCGACAUUUCCGGUGUUUAAAGGAUGCAAUACAAGUACAACUGAAGCAAAGUUGUGAGUUACUUGGAGAGAAAGAAGGUGCAGGAGGAGGCUUAACAAAAGGAGAGACCCCUAGACUUAAGGUACUUGAACAAAGCUUAAGACAACAAAGAGCAUUUCAUCAAAUGGGUAUGAUGGAUCAAGAAGCUUGGAGACCUCAAAGAGGAUUGCCUGAACGUUCUGUCAAUGUUUUGAGAGCUUGGCUUUUUGAGCAUUUUCUACACCCGUAUCCAAGUGAUGCAGAUAAGCAUCUAUUGGCACGACAAACUGGGCUAUCAAGAAAUCAGGUAUCAAACUGGUUCAUAAAUGCUAGGGUUCGGUUGUGGAAACCUAUGGUGGAAGAGAUGUACCAACAAGAACUUAAUGAAGCAGAGUGUGCAGCAGAAGACGGAGAAAGAAACCAAAGCAACAACAACAGUGGCAACCAAACACAAACACCGCCAACAUCAUCAGCAACAGAACCACCAACACCAACAAGAAAAAGAUCUAAUAUCAAUCCUCAAGAAAACGACCCUUCAUUAGUUUCAAUCAAUGGACAACAAUCCUUCUCCGAAAAUCAAGCAAUGCAAUCCACCACGGUCAAUGCCACCGUUUCUGAGGUGGUUCCACCCUUUGAUUCAGACAUGCCCCCACAACGAUCGAUGGCGAUAGAUGAUGUGAAUCGAUAUGGCAGCUUAGUUGCAGAGGAUUAUGAGACAGGCUCUAUUAGUGCUGACAUUGGAUCAUCAACUCUUAUUAGAUUCGGGCCCACUACCGGUGAUGUGUCACUCACAUUAGGGUUACGCCACGUCGGGAAUGUGCCCGAUGAAACAAAUUUUUCUAUUAGAGACUUUGGAAGCAUGUAGCGUAUGUUUGGAUAAACGGUGAAUUUGACUUUUUGUUGAAGUGUCAAAUUAUAAUUUUUGUCAAAUCGUAAUAGUUUAUAUUAAUUCUACAAAAUUCACCGCAAACCCAAAUAUACACUUAAUUAAACCCUUAUAGAAAUGAAGAUGCUUUAUUAUGUAACAUAGCAUCAAUUUAAAGUAGAACAUCCUGUAAAAAAAAUUAAAAACAGAUAAUUUUUUUGUACUUUAAUUAAUA